AUAUGUCGAAAUGUCAGACGAAACAAAUACAGAAAAACUAGAAACAAAUGCUCAACAAAAAGGGAAUAUUAUCGAUAAAAAAGAAGCUAGCAAUGGACAAACAGAAAUCAGCGCUGGAGAAAGCAGUACUGAAAAACUAACGACUUCAAGCCCUGAUCCACAAACUGUGCAGAAGAUUGUAGCCGCUGACAACGUUUUCAGGAUUCCCCAAAUUCCGCUUCAGAGAAUAAGAGCAGAAAGACCAGUUGAGCAUAUUCAUUUUGACAAGAAAUGGGCUGCUAAAAAAGGUAGUGGUGGGUUGGCGCCAAGCAAGAGUACAGUGUACAUUGCCAAUCUGCCUUUCUCAUUGACAAACAACGAUCUCCACAAGAUACUGGAGAAGUUCGGAAGAUGUAUCAAAGUUUCCAUACCAAGAGAUAAGGAACACAGAAGUAAAGGAAUCGCUUUCGCUCUGUUUCUAGAACGAGAACCCUGUAUUCGGGUCAUCAAUACUUUUCACGGGAAACAGUUGUUCGGCCGGACCCUGAAGUGCUGCAUGGCGAAAGACAACGGAAGAACGAGAGAAUUCAUCAGAAGGAAAGACUAUCCCGACAAGUCAAGAUGUUUCGAGUGUGGCGAGUACGGUCAUCUCAGCUUUAAGUGCGUUAAAAACGUUCUAGGAGAAAGGAAGAGACCACGAAAGAAGAAGAGGAAGAGGGGUGAGAAAAAGGGAGAAGUAGACAAUUAUUUCAAUCCUGAUAUCAGUUUAGCUGAGGCCAUCGCAGAAGACGCAGAAAUGGCGGAAGAAACAGAAAGACUAGAGGAUGAAAACUCAACUGAAUCGAAGAAGGAACCGGAGGAACCGCCAGGUCCGGCUGUUGCAAUUUAUGAAGAUCAGGAUGGGAACCGUUAUCAAACCACGAACUCAGAACAAUUCGUUUCUUAUCAGACUUUACCUCAGAAACUCAUUUCGAGGGUUUCGAACACUGUCAGUAAGAAACGGUAUCAGCAGGAUGCCUAUUUCAGUGACGAGGAAAUUCUUGAAGAAGACUGACUCGUAUGUAUCUUGUACUGAAGUUCAUCUACCCGAGUGCUUAAGUAUGGCGGUCGCGCGCUACUGCAAGCCGGAGAUCAGAGGGCUCUGGUUAGAGCAAUACUGAAGCUUGAUAGCUUAAGCCUUAGAUACCUAACAAAGCUCCAUGGUCUGGUUAUUUAUGCACAUUGACCUCAUGACCUGCAUUUCAUAGUAGAGGGCUGACCUUUUUGGGACCUUACCAUUAGUUCUUUAGAACAAAGAAAACCAGAGUCCAAAGGAGAAGACUGGGAAAAUCGCCAUUUUGGCCAUGCCCAUUUGUGUUAUAUUCAUUAUUCAUUCUAGAGUAACCCGGCCCGUGCCUACGGCCGGGACUUCCCUAUCGCAGUUGACAUGCAAAAGUAUAAACCCCUCUAAUAUAUUCGAAAACAUGCAUCAGUCCAAACAGAUCACAAUUUAAUUCCGAGUGCUCCUCAUAUAUUUAAUAAUAAUACUUGAUAGGCAAUCUUGAGGUCCCCUGCCAAUUUAAAUAGCAAAUCUGUUAUAAGGGGAGCCGGAGAGGGAGAGUAAGUGAAACACUUGGGUCACAAAAUGAUCGAUUAAACCACCAUAACAUUAAACAAUCGAAUUCGACACAAGAAGUGUGAGUAGAACGAGAAGAAGUCCCAGAGUUCUUCUGGAAAAUUCUUCCGGCAACGGGGUUUUGUUUACAAGAGGAUGCAGGCGGUUCAAAUGGACAAAUAGUUUAACAGUUGCUGACAAGAUAUUUGAACAGUCCCUUCAAACGGGUCGAAUAAAGUCCCGAAAUACCAACAAUAAGCUGAACUAUAACACAUUCGCAACAAAGGUUACCCCAUUAACUUGUACUUUACCUCAUUGUAAAAUGAUUGUUUUAACUAAUUGAGUGCUUUACAACAGUAAACAUUACCUCCGGUAUUCUCGUAGGAACCAAUCCUAUGCGUGCACGUUACACAAUACUCAUCAAAUAGUCUUAAACUCCACCCUUUGAGGAAACAUGCCGGUA